CCGACAGUUGGAAUAGCUGCUACCUACUUUAGCACGCGUCACUAAUUCGCCUUAUCUCUUUCUUUUUCUUUCGUUUCUUCUUCUCUACCAUACUAUCGCGCGUGGUGGAACAGUCGAGUUAACGCGACCGUGACUCGCGCAAGUGUCGGCUCGGUUCAGCUCAGUAUAGUUUACCUCAGUUCGCAUCGACCGCGUGCACGUUUUAGUGUGUGAAUUCCUGAACAGACUCGAUUGAUUGAGAACUCUCAUUCGUUGCCAUCUUGCUUGCUUGACACGUGUAUAUACGGGCGAGACGAGAUACGUGAGCAAGUGUGUUGCGAAUAUGUCUGUUGCACGAAACCGGCUGCUGUCGACGUUCGGCGUCGCCCGGCGUUACGCCACCGUCGCCGCCGCCGACCGCGCGCACAUCGCAGGUAUGGGCGUGCAGCGCGCGUGCUCGACGUAUAAAAAAUUGAGGAAUGCGACGUACUGGAGGACAUUAGACUGUAAUAUACGAAUGACUCAUUCCAUGACGCAACCGACGAGUUGGGUGACAAGUAAAGAUGAGAGUCGUGAAUUGAUGGCCGUGUGGCCGGACAUUGUUCGGGACGUCACAGAAGCUAGCCAAUAUUUGGACAUUCCAAAUAUUAGUAAAUGGAUAGCUAAGGUGUUACAAUAUAAUGUUCCCGGAGGGAAGAAAACUCGUGGCUUAGCAGUAGUCUACGCUUAUAAGAUGCUGGCACCUAGUGAUCAAAUUACACAGGAAAACAUUCGUUUGAUACGAAUUUUAGCAUGGUGUGUGGAAUUGCUACAAGCCUUUUUUAUUAUCAUCGAUGACAUUCAAGAUCGGUCUUCACUUCGCCGAAAUCAACCGUGUUGGUAUCUACAUAAUGAUAUAGGUUUAGCUGCAAUUAAUGAUGGUAUAAUGAUAGAGAGUAUUAUGUAUCAACUACUACGGAAGCACUUCGGUCAAAAAGAUUGUUACGUAGAUUUGCUAGAAUCAUUCCAGGACAUCACAUUGAAAACUAUAUUGGGUCAGUCUUUAGACUUGCAAUCAACCAAUUUCGGCAAAAUGCCGAAUCUGAAUUUAUUCACGAUGGAUCGUUAUAAUUCCAUCGUCAACUACAAAACGUCAUAUUAUACGUUUAUCCUGCCGAUAACUAUCUCGAUGCAUUUUGCCGGAAUAAAGGACCGGGAGAUGUUUAGACAAGCAAAAACAAUUCUGUUAGAAAUGGGACAUUUCUUCCAAGUACAGGAUGAUUAUUUAGAUUGCUAUGGGAAUCCUGAAGUUAGUGGUAAAGUUGGUUACGAUAUAGAGGAGGGGAAAUGUACAUGGCUGGCCGUCGUGGCUCUUCAACGCGUCACACCGGAGCAACGAAAGAUUUUAGAAGAAUGUUAUGGAUCCCCAGACCCGGAGAAAGUAAGACGCGUGAAGCAACUUUACAAUGAUCUUGGGCUACAAAACAUGUAUUCCAUAUAUGAAGAAGAGACAUACAAUUUAUUAAAUACUCACAUACAACAGAUAUCACGUGGUCUUCCACACGGCCUUUUCCUGAAGAUAUUGGAGAAAAUUUAUCGCAGGGUGUCAUGAGAACAUCUCUUAUAUGUUAAAGGAACAGAUUAAUGUAUCGAUUAUAUAUACAUUUAUUUUACCAUCAUAAGUUUAAAGUUUGGAAAGUUUAAAGUUUUGGAAAAAAAGAUGUGCCAAUACUGAAAAAAUUAAGCUAUUUUAUAAUAAAUAUUAUUUCUCUCUA